GCUCUUCUUGCUUGACUCCUUCAUUGUUUGUCCUCCGGAUCACCCGUUCCACAACGUCCGGGUCUCAAUGGUGUUGUGAUCUUCACCCGGGGGCGGUCUGGGGGGGGGGUGUCCCGUUCUUGGCAAGGAGCUGAUCUCUAAAGUGUCCCGGUCUUGGCAAGAUACUGCCGAGGUGAGUGCCAUGGAGAGCCUGGAGAAGCAGCUGAUCUGUCCCAUCUGCUUGGAGAUGUUCUCCAAGCCUGUGGUCAUCCUUCCGUGUCAGCACAAUCUGUGUCGCAAGUGUGCCAACGACAUCUUCCAGGCAGCCAACCCUUACCUGACCUCCAGAGGUAGUUCCACAAUGUCCUCCGGCGGUCGCUUCCGUUGCCCGUCAUGCCGCCACGAGGUUCUUCUGGAUCGCCACGGUGUCUAUGGACUGCAAAGGAACCUGCUGGUGGAGAACAUCAUUGACAUGUGCAAACAAGGGAAUAGCUGCAAGGCGACAAUUCCUGUGGAGGAGGCGCAACAUCCCGUGUGCGAACAUCACGAGAAAGAGAAGAUCAACAUCUACUGCCUGAGCUGCAGCGUCCCCACUUGUUCUCUCUGCAAAGUCUUCGGAGCACACAAAGACUGCCAGGUGGCACAACUCGACGUCGUCUUCGCCAAACAGAAGGCCGAGCUGAGCGAGUGCAUCUCGCUACUGGUGGCCGCCAGCGAGAGGAUCCGGGCCGUCAUGGGGCAACUGGACGACACGUGCCGUGCAGUGGAUGAUAACGGUCGCCAGCAAAAGUCCAAGGUGUGCGAGUCCUUUGACCACCUCUUCGCCAUUCUGGAGGAACGAAAAGGCCACCUAAACGCCCGCAUCGGCGCCGAGCAACAGGAAAAAUUGGACUACAUUGCGGGGCUGCGGGGGAAGUACAGCCAACAACAGGAGAACGCCGCCAAGCUCCUGGAGAAUGCCAUCAACAUCAUGGAUCACGCCGAGAUGGCCGUCUUUCUGCAGGACAGCAAACCGCUGCUGCAAAAGAUGGCGGCGGGAAGCGACACGUCAAAGCUGGAAAAAGUCCGGUCGGGAUAUGAGAAGAUGGAGCACUUUCGCGCUAACAUUAAGCGCCAGAAGAGGGCGCUGAUGGCUGUCAACUUUGUCAAAUUGGAUGGCAACAAUGUCGGCGCCAACAAGGAAGACAAGGUUGCUGAGGGUAGUGCAUCCAAAAUGGGCGGAUCUACGCUGGCACCCUCGGGCAAUCACCAGCCUGUUUUGGAGUUACCCUUGGAGGCCCCGCUCCCUCUGAUCGGGGCUCCUCCUCCGGACAGCCAGGCCGUGCCCCCUUCGGCCCCAUCUGCACCAAAGCCCGCCCCGCAGGCGGCGUCCGAGGCUGAGGAUGCAAACAAACACGUGUUCUCCUUCAGCUGGCUCAACCACUAGAAACUUCUUCUUUGUCCUCACCCUCUUUCGAUCCUGUUCCCCGUCAUCAACAUCGCCUGAAAGUGAAGCUGAGAAAUAAAAGACAAAUGUGGCAAAA